UGGAAAAGAGAGGCGGGCGGCAGUUUCGCGGAGGAAGUUGGUCCAGUCCACCUGUUGGACGUGGAAGUUGUUUCAGCUGCGCGGUUUGUUUGUCUUUUGCGAAAACAGCACGCAGGCCAUCAUGGACAAACUAAAGAAAGUGCUGAGUGGCCAGGACGGGAAUGACGACUCCAAUGUGCUCGCGGAGAGAGUAUCUGAGGCAACCACAUUAGGAUGGGGUACUAGAGUUAAAGGGUUCAUUGCCUGCUUUGUUUUGGGAGUCUUGUGCUCAGUUAUGGGAGUUAUUUUUCUUUGGAUUCCUGGAAAUGGUUUAACAUUGUUUGCAGUCUUUUAUACUUUUGGAAAUAUUACAUCUGUCUGCAGCACUCUUUUCUUAAUGGGACCAAUGAAACAACUAAAAAAAAUGGUUGAACCAACCCGGGCUAUUGCAACUGCUGUAAUGUUGUUGUGCCUAGUGCUGACACUCUGUUCUGCUUUCUGGUGGAAAAAUAAUGGUCUUGCUGUACUAUUCUGUAUUUUGCAGUUUUUUUGCAAUGGCAUGGUACAGUUUGUCAUUCAUUCCUUUUGCAAGAGAUGCUGUGAAGAAGUUUUUUUCUGCCUGCCUGACAUAAGGACAUUUCACUUAUCUCCAGUUUAUGGGAGGUGAUUGCAGCCUGCUCCAAGACCUGUGUGCUUUCACAGUUCAUUACUCUUGUGUUGUUUAUAUAUUGAGUUGCCUGCACAAUCGAGCAAGAUAGGAAAAAAACAAGCGAGCAUAAUUCAGCCACCUCUUUUCCAGAAUAGCCUGUUUUCACUGCUUAAAAUUGUUAACCUGUGAACGGGAUUAGCUGAGUACAACCAGAUCUAGGAGAAGGAAUAAUUAUUCAAAACUGGUUCUUUUAUAGUAAUUCUAGGAUGUAGUCCUGUUUUCUUAUUUAAUAUUUUUUAGGGUUUUGGGUAAUUUAAUACUAGUCACAAGACUCUUAGAUUAAUUUAGUCUUUUGAUAAUUUGUAAUGUUAAUUACCCAGGAAUGAUGGACCUUGGGCCUUCACUUAUUUUGUGAGUUUGAGCUUUUGCUCUUCAACAUGGCGUUGUCUGCCUUACCAGAGAAGUGCCCCGCUACAUAAAGUGUACUUAUUUUGCAACACUGCUGCUUAAUUUAAAAAAAAAAAAAAAGGUGCAAGGACAUUUCAUAAAAUGGAUUAAGAUAUCUUUGUUCAGAAACCUGAAAUGUAUCUAUUGUACAGAAGUAGCUUCUGUAAGUCUUGGAUCUGAAAGAUGAGACCUUUUCAGUUCUCAAUACUAAAGCCAUAAGGAAAACUUUAAAAAAAAUAUUAAUGCAGGAAAAAAUCGUUGUUAUGUAGAUUUUACUGUAAUACAAAUGUCAUAUAAUCCUGGUGUUUAUAAUUUCAUGCACAAGCCUUGCAGCAGAAAAUUUCCAUGUUUUCUUAUUCAUGUGUUUUUCUAUAGGAAAUUUACUUUCAUAUGGAUGAAGUGGCAUUUUGUGUACAGUGAAUUAUUUUGUAUUGUUUACAGAUUUACCUUGAUGCAUUAUUUUAAAAAAUUUGUAAAUUAAUAUUUUCUAGCAGAAAAUCUAGAAAAAAUAUUUUGUUUUAAAAUGAAGUAUCCUCACAAAGAGUUGUAAAAAUGGUAUUGCCUCUUUAUUUAGAUUGUUCUCCUUAUAAGGAUAAUAUAAUUACAAAUGGAAGCAUCUGCUUUUUUUUUUUUUGCUGUUGCCUUAUUGUAAAGAUGCAGUUUGUAUAAUUUUACAUUAUAAUACAGUUAUCUGCUUUA